AUGGAAUAUAGAACUGAUUCUUAUUCUGGUUUUAAUGAUUAUAAUCCUUUAUUAGAUACAGACGAUUUGAAACAUGACACUAAUUUACAACAAGCAGUUCUAAAAACUAGUCAUGGCCGACGAGCUCCAACAUCUACUCAAAAGACAGGAAUGUUUUCUAAAUUAAAAAAUGUAUUUACCCGACCGAAGAACACAGCUGUACCCGUGCCAUCGGCUAGGCUAGGAACUGCAUCUCGUGCUGUACGACAAGAGAAUAGUGUUGCGGGUGCUCGGCCUGGUUCAACUUUACACCGUCCUGUUACAGCGCAAAACCGACCAUCGACAGCUAUAAGAAGCGCUGGUUUUAUAGCUGGAUCUGGAGCGUUUGGCAGUUAUACAUCAGUACCAGAACCUAUUCAAUAUGAAAUGAAAGAUGAAAGUAAUGAAGAAAAAGCACGUAAAAUAGAAAGAACAAUUUUCAAUCUAGCCGAAGAAAGUUGUUUUGCAUAUGAAGAAAAUAAUAUUAAAUUAGCACUUGAAAAAGCAGAAGAAGCAAUGAAACUUGACAAAACUCACGCUCGAUAUCGUGAUGAACACAAUAUGAGCGAAUCCAAUGUGAAUCUAUCCGGAUUUGUUAUUCUUAAUUGUGCAAAUAUGUCUGCAAAAUGUGGCAUGAAAGUAGAAGCGAUGAAUCUGUAUAAUCUAAUACUUAAAAAUAAACUAUUACCUGUACAUAGUCGAGUGCGAAUAAAUAUUGGCAAUGUUUUUGUAAGUUCAAAGCAAUAUGCAAACGCUCUAAAAAUGUAUCGAAUGGCACUCGAUCAGAUAUCUGAACAAAAUGUUAAUUUAAAAAUGAACGUUCGACAAAAUAUUGCUGCGACACAUAUUCUAAUGGGUCAAUAUGCUGAAGCAGCUCAAAUGUAUGAAAUAGUAAUGCAAGAACGACCGAAUCAUCGUUGCGGUUUGAAUUUACUUCUAUGCUAUUAUGCAAUCGGUCAGCUUGAUAAAGCACGACGGGCAUUUACUGAUUUACUUAAAAUACCAUUUCAAACUUCUGAAGACAACUAUCCAGUUUCAUUGGGUAAAGAAGAUAAACAAGUUAGUCUGGUUACCGAAGCUAUACGAGAUGAUCGAUACAAACAAAUGGAACGCAAACGACGUCAUUUCGCCGAACACGUCAUUGUAACAGCAGUUAAAAUAAUUGGUAAUAUUUCUGAACAAGAUUCAAUUAACGGUUAUGAAUGGUGUAUUGAACAAGUACGAAAUUCCACAUAUUUGGAAUUAGCUAGUGGCCUUGAAAUUCAAAAAGCAAUUGCCUAUUUACGUGAAGAUAAUUUUCCGAAGGCUAUUGCAAUACUUAAGGAAUUUGAAAAGGCUGAAGCAAAAUUAGCCAGUGCAGCUGCAACUAACCUAUCAUUUUUGCACUUUUUGAAAAAAGACUUAAACAAUGCACAUAAAUAUGCCGAUUUAGCGUUAAAAUCCGAUAAAUUCAAUCCAGCUUCUUUAACAAAUAAAGGCAACUGCUGUUUUGUCCAGCAUGAUUAUGAAAAAGCUCGAUACUAUUACGAAGAAGCGCUUAAUAUAGAUGCGGGCUGUGUUCAAGCGCUCCAUAAUCUUAUUCUGACAUUAAUUCAAUCAAAGCAAUAUCAACGUGUAAAAGAUUUUCUUCAUAAAUAUGCUACUAUACAACCAGACAAUAGUCAAGUAGCUUGUUUGAUGGCUAAAGUAUUACAAGAGACUCACGAUUUUGAUCAAGCUAAAAGUUGGUAUUUACAGGCGUUAAGUGGCCAUCGAACGGAUGGAUACUUACAUCGGCGUCUAGGUGAAUUAGUUGAUUCUCAAGGUGAUAAAUCAGAGGCAUUGCAAUAUUAUUUUGAUGCAUACCGACAUAGUCCAUGCGAUAUUCAAACAUUGGAAUGGCUGGCAUCUUAUUACAUUGAAAACCAAUAUCCAGAAAAGGCUAUAGAAUUUUGUAUGCAAGCAGCCUUAGUGAAACCGGAAGAAAUCAAAUGGAACUUAAUGGUAGCAUCAUGCUAUCGUCGUACUGGUAAUUAUGCGGCUGCAUUAGACAAAUAUAAAUGGACUCAUCAACGUUUUCCCGACGAUAUUGACUGUAUUCAAUUUUUGAUUAAAAUUUGUAUUGAUCUUGGCUUGCCUGAACGAGAAGUGUAUGAAAAUGAAUUGAAAAAAGUCACUAAAAUGAAAGAAAUCGAAUUUCAACGUAAAACCAGUGCAAGCAAAAGUCAAAAUAUUGUUAAAGGCCACAAGAUCUCAUCUGCUGAACGUGACGUUGCUGCUAACACUCGUAAUCAAACAUUUGAUGAUCAUCGCAAACGUACACCAAUAAAUUUAGAUAACACUGAAGGAGUUUUUUCACAACAAGGGCCUAUUACAAUGCGUCCAUAUGUUGAUCAACUGCCGCAACAGAUUACAUAUGAACGACCCAAGACUGCGAUUAGCAAAAAAGAAACGCACGGAAUCGUGUUUGAUGACAAUGACAAUGCAGCUGACCUCUUGCCAGACUAA